AUGUCGUGGAAGAAGUCUGGUGAGCCUGCACUGCUGCGUCGCACUCGAUUCACGCCAUGACUCUGCUAAUGGUGGCCGAUGUGAAGCCCAGUUGAUGGAGACCAUCAAACACUAUUCCUCCUUCCCGGCGACAGGCGUGAGUCUGCGGCAGAUGGUCCAGUUCGGGAGCAAUCCCUCGACUGGUAAGCUCUCGAAACGGAGGGGUAACUGAAUCGGAGCACAUGUUGAGCGAGUAUGCAGGGACUCUCUUCCGAGCCUCCCAAUUCCUGUCCGAGGAGCUUCCUAUCCGCUUGGCCCACCGGGUGCAAGAGCUCGGAGAUCUGCCUGAUGGCUUGAACGACAUGGAGAGCAUCAAGCGGGUGCAGGACUGGUAUGCGCAGUCCUUCGAGGUAUGCAGGCAACCGCUCGGCGGCGCGGAAACAGACACAUAGAUCUCCAGACAUCUGACACACUGUACCGGAUUCCAGGAAAUCACGACACUGUCGAAGCCGAAUCUAAGCAACGAAGUGCGAGAACGCCUCAUCAAGCCCGCGAAGGCCAACGGCCGCACGUCCCGAAUCCUCAGCGAAACCACGCACAAUCCGAGCAUCAAGCCUGGCCAGUACAAGUCGGAUGUAAAACUGGACAAGUCUGGCGGGGAUAAGGAAAAUGGACAUGGCAGGAAAGCUACCACAACAAGGAGAUACUUCUCCUCCGCCGACGAUGGGAGCGAUUGGCCCCCCGAACUCGCCGACUACAACACUCGCUUUGCCCAGACUUUGGAGAAGAUCAAGCGAAGACAUGACAGUGUCGUCACCACAAUCGCCCAGGGCAUUCUCGAAUAUAAAAGGAAAAGACAACGCAUGCAGAUCGAUCACAACAUACAGGCUUUCUUGGAUCGGUUCUACAUGUCGCGAAUAGGGAUCCGUAUGUUGAUUGGCCAACAUAUAGCACUUACCGACCAACGAUCACAUACCGAUCCGAAUUAUGUAGGCAUCAUCUGCACAAAGACGAAUGUGAAGGAGCUGGCGCAAGAGGCCAUUGAGAAUGCGCGAUUCGUUUGCGAAGAUCACUACGGACUUUUUGACGCUCCCAAGGUGAGGCUGGUAUGUCCGGAUGACCUGAACUUUAUGUAUGUGCCUGGCCAUCUGUCACACAUGCUUUUUGAAACGCUCAAGAACAGCUUGCGAGCCGUAGUGGAAACACACGGUCAGGAAAAGGAGGAGUUCCCAGUCACGCAGGUGAUCGUCUCCGAGGGUCGAGAGGACAUCACCUUGAAGAUCAGCGAUGAAGGAGGCGGCAUUCCCAGGAGCAGCAUUCCUCUUGUUUGGACAUACAUGUACACUACCGUCGAUCAGACGCCGAGUCUGGACCCAGACUUCAACAAGAGCGAUUUCAAAGCGCCUAUGGCUGGUUUCGGAUACGGAUUGCCCAUUUCGAGAUUGUACGCUCGAUACUUUGGGGGCGAUCUAAAGCUCAUAUCGAUGGAGGGAUAUGGCACGGAUGUCUAUCUCCAUCUGAACCGCCUGAGCUCGAGCUCAGAACCGUUGCAGUGA